AUAAUGGUGAUGAGCGUAAAACUUUUGUUUGUAGACUUUCAAAACCUAAGGAAUCAAGCAGAAGAAAAGAAAACCUCCCUCCUGAAAAGCUUCGCAUAACCUGGAAAAGAAACGCUAUGAAUUGUGAAGCUAAAAUCAAAAUAACGUGGUUAGCGGCAUUGAAUAUAGUUACAAUUGAGAGGGUAAAUGGUGCCCCUGAUUAUAGCCAUUUGAUGGAAGAAAGUGAUAUGUGUAAACGGUCAAAAUUUAUUAGGGAUAUGGUGGGCAACGAGGCAAUUAAGAAUUACAAACCCCCGACGAUUGCAAAUGUUGUUAGGAAAGAGGUUUUGAAAUUGUAUAAAGAUUCGGGCGUAGAGUAUCUAAAAACAAAGGAGGUCACUAAUAUCAAGCAGAAACUUGUUG